CUGACGAGUCUCCCUAUCCCUCCCAGGCCCCUCCAUAUUUCUUUUGCUUUAAAAUACCAAGGAAUAUAGAUCCCGGGGUUUCCAUCACCGCCUCCCAUUCAUUUUUAGGGUUACUACAAAAGCCCGUGAUCGAUUCUUUCCCUCCUUAGGGUCUAGGUUCUGUGUACAGGCCUAACUUUGGUUUCCCCACCCAUAAAGGGGUGCGCGCGCGCGCGCACACACACACACACAAACACACACAAGAAAGAAUUGAAACAGCGGGCUGGCUCUUACCCACCUUGGGCAGCAGGUGUUUCCUCCCUAGCUUCCCUUUUGAAACCGAAUACUUGUUGCUUGCCCACCCUCACCCCUCUCUUGCUGGUUUUUUGUUUUGUUUUGUUUUUGUUUUUCAACUAAGAGUCUGCAACUUCCCUUACAUAUAGGAAUGGUUCCCAGGUUCUUAGUAUCGGGGUUGGUGAACGCUCUUGCUGAGGAAGUGCUUCUGACACCACCAAGUGCCGCACCCCUCAAAGUCGGUGAAGCUCUGGAUUCACUGGGCUGGGCAAGGGACACUCUUGGGAAAAGUCUGUACUGGACAAGGCUCAGGGUGUGAGUGGGGUUGGAGCUGCGACUGAGAGGGAAAGGGCUCCAAACAAACAUCUCUGCUACCACUGCCGUUGGAAGUUGGGGGACUUGGGAAGACCCGUUGUUUAGAUCUUGACCGGUGAUCAGGAAGUCAGCAGUAGAGGAAGGCCCGGGAAGGAGGGGCCAGCGCGGACUCGCCCGUGGCAGGGCGGGGACCAACAGAGGGGCCUAGGGGCUGGGGAGCGCCGCCCCGCCCUCCCGGGGAAGGACCACAUUGCCGGCUAGCAGGAAGGCCAACCAGACCGGACGAGGCCGCUCCAGCGCUGGGUGUUGCCGGUCCCGGGCUAGCCUGGUUCCAGGCGGGGUACAUGGCUUCUUCCUACUCUAAGCCUAGAAGAAUAAACCCUUAGACUGUGGGGAGCUGAGCCAGGCAAGCCAAAGGCAGCCUUGAGCCCUCCCUCCCUCGCCUGCCCUCCCCUGCGGGGGCCAGGAUGCUGAAGAAGCAGUCUGCAGGGCUUGUGCUCUGGGGUGCUAUCAUCUUUGUGGGCUGGAAUGCCCUGCUGCUCCUCUUCUUCUGGACACGCCCAGCACCUGGCAGGCUGCCCUCAGACAGUGCCCUUGGUGAUGACCCGGCCAGCCUCACCCGGGAGGUCAUCCACUUGGCCGAGGACGCUGAGGCGGAGUUGGAGCGGCAGCGGGGACUGUUGCAGCAAAUCAAGGAUCAUUAUGCUUUGUGGAGGCAGAGGUGGAAAGUUCCCACUGUGGCCCCUCCAGCCUGGCCCCGUGUGCCUGUGACCCCCUCACCAGCGCAGAUCCCCAUCCUGGUCAUUGCCUGUGACCGCAGCACUGUCCGGCGCUGCUUGGAUAAGCUGUUGCACUAUCGGCCCUCAGCUGAGCGUUUCCCCAUUAUUGUCAGUCAGGACUGUGGGCAUGAAGAGACAGCGCAGGUCAUUGCUUCCUAUGGCCCUGCAGUCACACACAUCCGGCAGCCGGACCUGAGCAACAUUGCCGUGCAGCCAGACCACCGCAAGUUCCAGGGUUACUACAAGAUUGCCAGGCACUACCGCUGGGCACUAGGCCAGAUCUUCAACAAGUUCAAGUUCCCGGCCGCUGUGGUAGUGGAGGAUGAUCUGGAAGUGGCACCAGACUUCUUUGAGUACUUCCAGGCUACCUACCCACUGCUGAGAACAGACCCCUCCCUUUGGUGUGUGUCUGCCUGGAAUGACAAUGGCAAGGAGCAGAUGGUAGACUCGAGCAAACCUGAGCUGCUCUAUCGAACAGACUUUUUCCCUGGCCUUGGAUGGCUGCUGUUGGCUGACCUGUGGGCAGAGCUGGAGCCCAAGUGGCCCAAGGCCUUCUGGGACGACUGGAUGCGCAGACCUGAGCAGCGGAAAGGACGGGCUUGUAUUCGUCCAGAAAUUUCAAGAACUAUGACCUUUGGUCGCAAGGGUGUGAGCCAUGGGCAGUUCUUUGACCAGCAUCUUAAGUUCAUCAAGCUGAACCAGCAGUUUGUCCCCUUCACCCAGUUGGACCUGUCAUACCUGCAGCAGGAGGCCUAUGACCGGGACUUCCUUGCCCAGGUCUACGGGGCCCCCCAGCUACAGGUGGAGAAAGUGAGGACCAAUGAUCGGAAGGAGCUGGGGGAGGUGCGGGUACAGUACACUAGCAGAGACAGCUUCAAGGCCUUUGCUAAGGCCCUAGGUGUCAUGGAUGACCUCAAGUCUGGUGUCCCCAGGGCUGGCUACCGUGGCAUUGUCACUUUCCAGUUCCGGGGCCGACGUGUCCACCUAGCACCCCCACAGACAUGGACUGGCUAUGAUCCUAGUUGGAAUUAGCAGCACCUGCCUUUCCUUCCCGGGUCUCCUUGCCAUGUGCUGAGCCGAGGCAGGCCUGUAGGCCCUGGGCUAUACCAUCCUGCCAGUGUCUCCCUCUUGGAUCUGUAGAUCUUCCCUUUUUGUCCUGGCCAUCCCCCAAGUGGCAUUCUAGUGCACAAAUCAUAGGAUGAGGGUUAUACUCCUGUUGUCAAGGGAGUAUUGUGUGGUAUGUUCGGGGCAUAUUGAACAAGAAACCACUGUGUGGUAUGGGGAGGGUUGGGCCUGUUGGGGCCAGGUUCGUAGUGUCUCCGAGGGUGUCUGCAGAGAGCGUGGCAGCUCCAGCUCUCCUCAGCAGGCCUCUCCACCCUGGUCUGGCCCCUGUCAGCCCGUGAGUCCACCUGCUGUACCCAUCCUCCCUGUCUGCACCGCCCCCCCAGGGUGGGGCUGGAUUAUGGAGGAAGGAAUGAUUCUGUGGUCAGAUGAGACUAAUUGGAGGGAUUCACUGUCAGAGGUGGCGUGGGUUGCCGGGACACUGCCUCCUGGCUUCUCUUCCUGCUGACGUGGCUCUGGUCCUGCAGCAGAGCAGUGCGUUGUUGGGAGAUGGAAAGGAGGAAAGAGAGCAAGACCUCUCCCGUGGUGGUGGAGCCCAGCAGUCAGGAGCGGUGGCAGGCGGAAAGCCUAUGCGUGGGCACCCCGUCUUCUUGCCUGUGGCCCCCCUCCUUUCUGAAAGUUCUCUCUGCAUUCUGUAGGAGGAUUCAGUGUCGGCCUAGUGGAUGACAGUGGGCUCCAUGCCUCUUUCCCCCUGGGCUUUGCUUCAGAGGGUCCUCCCUGAGGGCUUGCUCCUGGUGGCCGGCUCAGCAAAGACACCCUCAGCUGAGACCAGGAUAUCUGUGGCCCUGAGCCGGCUCUGGUCCUCGACCUUCCCCAGCCUUCCCACAUCUUCCCAGGCCAAGAUGCAGGGGGCGGGCUGGAGAGAAGUUUGUGUGUCCUUGUUUGUUGCCUGACCUUAGUUUCAUGGAAGAAAAUGGAAUCUACAGAAUUAUUUUCAAAAAUAAAGUAAAGGCUGAAUUG